UUCCUUUCAACCUAAAUUCUCUCCCUCGCUCUCUUUCCUCUCCUCCCUCCCUUUCUUCUCCGGCUUUCUUCUUUUCUCCGGUUGCCGUCUAUUAUCUCGCUGAAUUCGCGCUUAAUAAUGUUUAAUCGUUUCUUAUCUCCGGCCGCCGUUUCUUUUCACGCAAAAUCCACUAUUUCAAUCAAAUCAAAACCUAGGGUUUACUAUCACAUUUCUUAGAACCCUAAAAUAUCAGCAAAAAUUGAAUCGAAUGAAUCCAAUCGAAGACAGCGGUUACAUUGGAAGCGAAUACGACAGAGCAGAAGAAGAUGAAGAAACCACUAAUCAUCUCCGUGGUCGUUUUCGCCUUUCCACUAUCUCUAUUGCUCAAUCUGAAGCUAAACAAAAUAGCAUGGCAAUAUCACAAUCGGUUUUCGUUUGCGUAUCGGAUUUAGCCUUCAAGUAUGCCGUUACUUAUGCAGGGGAUGGGUCAAGACAACCAUCUGAGCUCGAGUUGCAGCAAGCUUUCCAUCAGGGUAAGCAUAUUGCUGCCGUCGCCAAGAAACUCAAGGGAAGCCCGUGAUGUCCAUUUAACUUACUGAAACAAUGUCAAGAUAGAUACAAUUAGGUUACCUAUUACUAACUUGUGGUUGUAUGGAAACACAUUGUUUUGAUAUAUAGUACGGUGAUUUAGAAAAUUGUUGGAUUUCAUGGUUUUAAAUUGGUUGUUUGCAGAUUUUCUAGUAAUGGAUACUUUCUUUAAGUUUUUCUUUCA